ACAGCGCAAUGUCAGAUCGUUUGGGGCAAACAGCAAAGGGGAAGGAUGGAAAAAAGUAUUCGUCGCUCAACCUGUUUGAUACGUACAAGGGCAAGUCCUUAGAGAUCCAGAAACCCACAGUCACUCCCCGCCAUGGCUUGCAGAGUCUCGGUAAAGUUGCCAUCGCCCGGCGCAUGCCACCCCCUGCAAACCUGCCAAGCUUAAAAGCGGAGAACAAAGGCAAUGACCCCAACGUCUCGCUAGUGCCGAAAGACGGGACAGGAUGGGCAAGCAAGCAGGAACAGCCAGACCCAAAGAGUACCGAUGCCUCGACAGCUCAGCCGCCGGAAUCGCAGUCGCCGCCGGCUUCACAGACGUCUGCCUCAAACCCACCGAAACGACCCCCAACAGCCCCCGAGAAUCCCCCUACAGUAGCAAGCGGGGUAAAGUCUUGGGCACAGGCCAGCGUUACCCAUGGAGCGCAAGGAGAUGGUGGAAAGGGAUCAAACCUACAGUCGCGAUUCUCUCGCGAGGAAUUUCCGACCCUGCAGGCAGCUGGCGACCAGGACAAAGCUGGCAAAGAAAAGGACACUACCGAUGCGUCGUAUGGGCCCGGACCAAACCUCUCCAAUCCCAAGAACGCAACCAAUUGGCGGGAUGGAGGCGGGCGGGGCGCCGACGGGGAGCUGCUGCCUGAGGAUGGACGGGUCGGGGUCGGCAUGCAGCCCAAUGUCCCGCCUCAGUUCCCUCCUUACCGGGGGAUGAUGCCGCCAUUUAUGUAUCCCCCGUACCUCCCGUUCCCGCCUCCAUAUGGGCCACAGGGACCGUACCGCUACCCCACAGCGGAAGCACAGAGGUUCCAGAGGCUCGCCGGACCCCGCCCCUCGCAACCUCUGCUGCGCAUGCCGGACCCCGUGAGCAGGCCGCCCGUCCUCAAACAGGAUGACCUGAAGGAGUUUGAUGAGCUGGACCAGGAGAAUGACGAAGGCUGGGCAGGAGCCCACGAAGAAGUGGACUACACCGAGAAGCUGAAAUUCAGCGAUGAAGAAGAUGGGAAAGAAUCUGACGAAGAAGCCGCUGAGAACAGGAACGAUGAGGCCUCUGGCCCUGAAAGCCAGCUGUCAGCCCAAGAUGCAAAGAAGACCGGAACCCCAAAAGAGGACCAGCCUCCUGUGAAGAUGGCCUGGGCUGAAAACUCACGUUCCCAAGAGGGCACCAAAGAGCCGCCACCGCCGCCACCCUCCCCUGCGGCCCGGCUGCCGCCGCCACCACCGCCACCUAACCGAGGCAACUGGGGGCAGCCCAAUGACUUCCCAGACCGCUCGAUCCGGCCACCUCCCCCAGAAGAUGAGGACGAAGCCUGGCGUCAGCGCCGGAAGCAGUCGUCCACGGAGAUCUCUGCUGCGGUGGAGCGUGCCCGGCGUCGGCGGGAGGAAGAGGAGCGACGGAUGCAAGAAGAGCGGCGUGCUGCCUGCGCUGAGAAGCUCAAGCGGCUGGAUGAGAAGUUUGGCGCCCCCGAGAAGCGGCUGAAACCUGAGCCUCCCAAGGAGCCGCCCACCCCUCCUCCGGCGCCUAUGCCAGCGCCCCCCACCCCACCAGCCGCGCCGGUCCUCCCAGAGGAGAACAGGGAGAAGGAAGAGCCGGUCUUAGUUAACAAGGCGCGUGGUACUGUUAGCGGGAGCAACCUGGACUCGACCAGCGUGGCCGAGCCACCACAAGCUCCUCCCCCCAAAGAAGUGCCCGAGGUGAGGGAAGAGGCCAUGCCUUUACCCGGGCCGGCUCCCCCAGCAGCUGUGGUCCCAGCCAAGGCGGAGCCCAAGGGAGAAACGGUCCUUCAAACGCGCCAGCCGCCUCCAGCUCAGACUCUUGGGUAUUCGAAGUACCAGAAGUCCCUGCCUCCUCGCUUCCAGAGGCAGCAGCAGGAGCAGUUGUUGAAGCAGCAGCAGCAGUGGCAGCAACAGCACAGCCAGGCUCAGACCCCAAUGACAUCCUCCGCUCAGCAGCAGGUAGCUGCAGCCCCCCUGGCAGCGGUGGGCCCCUCGGGCAACAUCCACCCUCAGCCUGGGCCGCCAGGGCAGCAGCAGGCCCCAGCCCCGCCUCCGGCGCAACAGGCUCCGCCCAAAGGCAUGUACCCAGGCUCCAUUGGACGGCCUCCGCCCAUGCCGCAGAUGAACUUUGACCCUCGCUGGAUGAUGAUCCCACCCUACAUGGACCCACGCAUGAUGCAGGGACGGCCACCCAUGGAUUUCUACCCACCUGGGGUGCACCCUUCUGGCCUUCUGCCCCGCGAGCGAUCAGACAGCGGGGGAUCCAGCUCAGAGCAAUUUGACCGUCACCCUCCCAUCCUUCGAGAGCGCGGCACCCCACCAGUCGAUCCCAAGCUGGCCUGGGGCGGAGACGUCUUCGCGAACGCCCCUCCGGGUGCAGACUCACGCUCUCAAGCGGCCUCACAUCGGCAGCAGGAGGAGGAGGAGAAGGGGCUGAGGAGCGAGACCCCUCCAGUCCCCCCACCGCCGCCUACCACCAGCACGGUGUACCGCCUGGACCGUGUCAUCCACAGUGACCCAGCCAGCAUCCAGCAGGCCCUGGCUGAACUGGGCAGCCGCCACGCGAAGCCUGCCUCGCCCGGUCCACCCCAGCCGCUCUUCCCAGGACCUGGAGGCCGGAGCUCUGCCCUUCCAUUGGGGCGCUUUGAGGGCAGGACAAGCAGUGGUCCAGACCAUUGUUUCUUGGACAAGACCCAGCUGCUCCACUCCAGCGGCAGCCCCCUGAAGGAGGCCAGCUCCGUGAGCGGCUUUGCCGCCAAGCGCCGGGAACGGCCCCGCAAGGCUGAACUGCUGCAGCAGGAGCCCCUGGCCUUUCCCAGUGGUUCAGCCUUCACAGCCCCCAAAGAAGAGGCCCCAGGAGAACCCCGCAGCAGGAGUGUCCCCGUGGCAGAGGGGCUCGCCCCACAGAUCUGGAGCCAGUUGAAUUCCAGCUCCUCCCGGAAGAGCUACCGGCCUGCCUCAGUGGAGCCCUGGAUUGAUCCGCUGAACGCAUUCGAGGAGGCUGCCGGGACGGAGAUGAGCCUGUCAGACAGCGGCGUGGACCUCAGCAGCGACUCACAAGUCUCCUCGGCCACCUGUAGCCAGCGCAGUUCUCCUGACGGGGGCCUGAAGGCCACCCCGGACGCCGGGGCCAAACGCAGCGGAGCUGUCGCCAAGCACGGUGAAAACGCCGCGUCCCUCGGGCCGGAAGGAGCGGAGCCUAAAGAGCAGCGAAGACGCCUGCCAGCCCGAGAUCCCGGCCUGCUCAAGGAUAAGCAGGUGAGCAGUUCCCCCGAGCCAUCCCGCGAUCACCCACCUCCUGGCGCAAUUGGCACAGAGCGUUCCCAGCGAGCUGAGAAGGCCAAAGACGGCAUGGAGGGGAUGGGGGCAGUCAAAUCUGAGACGAGCCCUCAGCUGGAGCCCCCCGGGGCUGGCCCGCCCAUCCAGUUUGGAGCCAGCGACAAGGACACAGACCUCCGCUUCGUGGUUAGCGAAGGAUCGAAACCAGACAAAGAAGAGUUGCACCAGGCACUUGCGGAGGGGUUGACUCCGCCCCCCAGGGAGUGGGAGCUGCUCCCCCCAGCGCCGCCCAGCCACAGGGUGUUAUCCCCUGAGGCACCUCCUGGCCGCUCCUAUGACCCCAGGCCUUUCCCUGUUGCCCCCAUGGCUGCCUCCUGUCUACACGGACUGCCAGCAGACACUUCUGUGUUCUCAGGUGAAAGGGGCCAGGGCCACCGACUGUACCCGGAGCUGUUUUAUGGGAACCAGUCUCUGCAGGUCCCCACCACCCAGCUUGAGUCCCAGCUGCACAGCGCUGGAGGUGGAAGUAGCUUCCGCCCGAACGCCCCUUCUCUGCACGCUUACAGGUCUCAGCACCUCUACCUGCAGCCCAGCCCAGCCCCCACCUCUCCAGCUCACACGGCAGCGGGCGCUGUGCUGCCCAGUUCCGCCUUGCUUUCCGGGAUGGCCCUGAAGGGCCAGUAUGUGGAGAUAUCCGCCCUGCAGGCCGCUGAGCUCCCCAAGCUGCCAGCCACGGGCUUGUUGUACCAGGCUCCUCCGCCUUCCUUCAUCUACAGCUCAGCCUUCUGUGGCAGUCAGCUGGCGCCGGAGCAGGCCCUACUUCAGGUACGCCAGGAGCUUGCCUCUCCCUCCGAAUUCUACGCAGCCCCCCUGGGGCAAAGCAGCCAGAGCAAUUUCCUGACCGCCACAGCUCCCACCCAGCAGAUGCUGUUACCAGUGGUCGAGCCCCCCCAGCUGCCCCCCGUGGUGAACUUUGGCUCCCUGCAGCAAGCACCAGCCGCUGCCCCCGCGCCACCUCCACACAUGCCCUUGAUGCCCGUGGCCACCCAGGCCCUGCGGCCACCGGGGCAGUUGGCCGGGCGCCUCGUCUCUCCAGCCGUGCGGGCCUUUCCUCAUGGCGCAGUGGGCCGGGGCGAGCUUCACGCUCUGGAAAUGAAGCCGCUGCAGGACUAUAGGAAACUCAACGGCCUGGGGUCUGCAGGAGCCCGACCCCCCUCUGGGGGCAGGCCUUUUGCUGGAGGCUUCAAUGCCCGGCUGAAAUCCCCCGGGUCUAGCUAUGGUGGCAUUUUCCGUGCACAGCGCUUUGAGGUCUACCAGCAGUCCGACGUCCUUCGCUGGACCCCUCGUGCCUGGGAACGGGCGGCUCAACCCCGCGAUGGACCUCCAGCCCGCCGCCCGGAGCCAGAUGUCCGCUCCCACGCCGACAAACAAGACCCCGGGGUCUCCGGCCACCACUAGCCCAGGACGCUGACCCCGCCUCUCCUUUGGUUCUGUUGCCCUCCCCUCCAAAGUGGGGGGGGCUGUUUGCGGGGGGCUCUUGUUCCUCUUCUCUUCUUGGUGUAUCCUGAACAUAUGGGGUGUCUCCUUAACUCCCUUCCUGUUUAUGUGAGGGGUGACACUGGAAUUGCCCCCUCAGUUAGGGGUGUUAGACACUUAGUAGGGUGCUCAGAGUGGAAUUUGGGGGGCACGGAUCAGGAUUUGGGGAGGCUUCCAGCUGAAUGUAUUUUUGCUUAUUAUCUUUGGUUUCACCUGAGUUUAUUUUUUUUUCUGGUGGGGGCCGCGUUGCCCUUGGAUCCGAGGGGAGGAGCUCCGAGGUGUGGAGUGUAAAUAUAUAUAAAUAUGAACACGUGGGGUCUUGCCUCUUCCCCCUUCAGUUGGGGUGGAGGAGGCUAGGCUGGAGCCUGCCCUCCUCUUCCUCUCCAUUUGCUCCCCUGAGUUUGAAAUAGGAAGCGUUGCGUUUUUAAAAGGUGGUCGAGCUGGUUUGUUUAAUAAAUAAAACCAAAAAAAAUUGUUUAAAAAAACAAUAAAAUAAGAAGUCAA